AUGCUUUCUCAAGAAUCAGAAGCGUUUAACUACUUGGCUCCUACAUUCCGCGGAAAACUGAAGUCUGUCGUGAUGUGCAACUGUCAUCUGCCUUUGAAAUUGCCCGACAAAGAGAGAAAACCCACAGCACAUAUCUCCGAAUUGCCGUUCUACGUUCUUGAGCUUUCCCCAGACUCCACUCAACUACCAAAAUCUGGAGUUCCUGUCAACAUAGCUAGUAUCAUCGAAAGCAGCCUGCUGAUACGCGGAAGUUUUGUAUGCCCUACCAUAAAGGGACCAUCCUCGGUUGCUGAGCAGACGAAGUCGUUUACGCAGCUGCCUCGGGUGCUCAUCAUAUCACUUCACCGCUUCGAGAUCAAUGUUUACAAUGCGUCCAAAGGCAAGAAAUCCCGCGAAAGGGUCACCCUGUUCGGCAAUGAUGUUCUUGCCCCACUUGAUGGUGGUAGCACAAAGAAGUACCAUCUCUACGCAGUAGUGGCUCAUACGACCGAUGAUAAGAACCCCAGCAAGGAGCUGGAUGUUACGUUUGGCUCCAAAGGAGUUGCAAUUGGUCAAUAUAUUGCAUAUGUACAGUAUGGCCCCAAGGAUAAACAGCAGUGGUAUGAAUGCACGGACGGUAAAUCCACGGAUGGUGAACGCACGUAUAGUGAAGUCAAGGCUGUCAACCCUGAAACAAAUCCUGUCCUCAAAGUAGGUGGCGAUCACAGGAAAUUCUUUUGUGCAUCCGUUGAUAGCUCUGCUUUUCAGGAAUUCAUUGAAAGGAACGCCCAAUUGCUCUUCUACAGAGAAGUCGAUGAGAUUUCUACGUAA